AUGUUUAAUGCAUUGUUUUCAAGUAAAAAAAAAACAUCUGAACAAGAUCAAUCAAUUGAAAAAAAUGAAGAAAUAAUAAAAGAUGAAAAAUCUAAAACAUUAAAAAGAGAUUUAGAUGAAUCAAAAAGUAACACUGAUUAUAAUGAAGAUGAAAAUGAUUUAAAAGAUAAAAGAAAAAAUGAACAGACAAAUAAACAUGCAAGCAUCUCGGGAAGCAGAAGUAUAAGCAGAAGUCGAAGCCGAAGUAGAGACAAAUAUGACCAUAGAAAUAAAGAUAGGCACAAACAUAGAAAACGAUCAAGAAGUAGAGACCGAAGGAAGGACAAACACAAGCAUAGACACAGAUACCGGGAUGAUACCAUAAGUCGGAGUAGAAGUAGAAGUAGAGAUCGAAAAAAAAGGCACAGGAGUAGAGACCGAAGUAGAGAUAGAAGCAGAGAAAGAAGAAGGGACAGAAGUAGAGAAAGAAGAAGGGACAGAAGUAGAGAAAGAAGAAGAGACAGAAGUAGAGAAAGAAGAAGAGACAGAAGCAGAGAAAGAAGAAGAGAUCGAAGUAGAGACAGAAGUAGAGAAAGAAAAAGAGACCGAAGCCGAGAAAAGAGAAGAAGAAUGGAUUCAAACGAUUCAUAUGAUGAAUAUAGAAAUAUAAAAAGAGAUAGCAUAACUAGCUAUAACAGUAAUGAUAAUAAUACAGAAAAUAAAAUGAAUAGUAUUUCAAGAAGCCAUAGUGAAAAUUAUGAUGACAUUAAUAAAAAUGAAAAUUCGCAAAAAAGUCAAAGUCAAAAUAGUUAUAAAAAAACUGAAAAUAAUAAUUCAUCAGAUAAUGAAGAAUUAUCAGAAAGUGAAAUGCUUAAAAAAUUAAUGGGAAUUACUGAAUUUGCAACAACCGAUAAUAAAUGUCACAAUGAAACAGAUAUAUCAGGUGUUAAUAAAAGAACAAAAAGAAAAUAUAGACAAUAUAUGAAUAGGCGAGGAGGGUUUAAUCGUCCUCUAUCCCCUGCCUUUUAG